CCCAAACCCCGCAGGACGGGGCCCCGCACCCGGUGAGUGACAGCGGGAUUUAACCGAACCGAACCGGGCCGGGGUUAUUCCGGGUGAAGGGAGGAAACCGCAGCCACGGGGCCGCCCCAUCCCAGGUUCCGUCCCGCCGCCAGCCAAGGAGGAGCCGCUCCCCUGCACCUGCCCCGUUUCCCCGCCGCGGGGCCGGCGGCAGCGGUUCGGGCAUCGCGGUUCCCCGUAGCAUCCCGCGGGCCGGGCUGACCGGAACCUGUCUCUGAGAAGGGACAAACCCCCACCUCCCACCUGCAGCUAUGGAAGGGGGUGUGCAGCUCCUCAACCGUGAUGGCCACAGCAUCUCCCACAACUCCAAGAGGCACUAUCACGAUGCCUUCGUCUGCAUGAACCGCAUGAGGCAGCGUGGGCUGCUCUGUGACAUCGUGCUCCAUGUGGGCACCAAGGAGAUCAAAGCCCACAAGGUGGUGCUGGCGUCGUGCAGCCCGUACUUCCACGCCAUGUUCACAAAUGAGAUGAGUGAGAGCCGCCAGACCCAUGUGACACUGCAUGACAUUGACCCCCAGGCCCUGGAGCAGCUGGUGCAAUAUGCUUACACAGCUGAGAUUGUGGUUGGAGAGGGGAACGUGCAGACACUUCUUCCUGCUGCCAGCCUGCUUCAGCUCAAUGGUGUGCGGGAUGCUUGCUGCAAGUUCCUGCUCAGCCAGCUCGACCCAUCCAACUGCCUGGGGAUCCGGGGCUUUGCUGACACACACUCCUGCAGUGACCUCCUCAAAUCUGCACACAAAUAUGUCCUCCAGCACUUCGUGGAGGUGUCCAAGACAGAGGAGUUCAUGUUGCUGCCUCUUAAACAGGUGCUGGACCUCAUUUCUAGUGACAGCCUCAAUGUGCCAUCAGAGGAGGAGGUGUACCGGGCUGUGCUCAGCUGGGUCAGGCAUGAUGUGGACAGCAGAAGACAGCAUGUCCCCAGGCUCAUGAAGUGUGUGCGGCUGCCCCUGCUGAGCAGGGAUUUCCUCAUGAGCAACGUGGACACGGAGCUGCUGGUGAGGCAUCACUCGGAGUGCAAGGACCUUCUGAUUGAAGCCCUCAAGUACCACCUGAUGCCAGAGCAGAGAGGGGUCCUCAGCAACAGCCGGAUGAGGCCGCGGCGCUGCGAGGGGGCCAGCACUGUGCUCUUUGCCGUGGGUGGGGGCAGCCUGUUUGCCAUCCACGGAGACUGUGAAGCCUACGACACCCGGACGGACCGGUGGCACAUGGUGGCCUCCAUGUCAACCCGCAGGGCCAGGGUGGGAGUGGCAGCCAUUGGGAACAAACUGUAUGCUGUGGGAGGCUAUGAUGGGACCUCUGAUUUGGCCACAGUGGAGUCCUACGAUCCUGUCACCAACUGCUGGCAACCUGAGGUGUCCAUGGGCACCAGGAGGAGCUGCCUGGGUGUAGCAGCACUUCACGGGCUUCUCUACGCUGCUGGGGGGUACGAUGGGGCCUCGUGCCUCAACAGCGCGGAGCGGUACGACCCUCUGACCGGCACCUGGACCUCCAUCGCUGCCAUGAGCACCAGGAGACGCUACGUCCGGGUGGCAACUUUAGAAGGGAACCUCUAUGCUGUUGGGGGAUAUGACAGCUCAUCCCACUUAGCCACAGUAGAGAAGUAUGAGCCCCAGAUCAACACCUGGAGCCCCAUUGCCAACAUGCUGAGCCGCCGGAGCAGCGCAGGGGUGGCUGUGCUGGAGGGGAUGCUCUACGUGGCUGGUGGCAACGAUGGGACCAGUUGCCUUAACUCUGUUGAGCGUUACAACCCCAAAACCAACACGUGGGAGAGCGUGGCACCCAUGAACAUCCGCAGGAGCACCCACGACCUGGUGGCCAUGGAUGGGUGGCUGUAUGCAGUGGGUGGCAACGAUGGGAGCUCCAGCCUCAACUCCAUUGAGAAGUACAACCCCCGGACCAACAAGUGGGUGGCAGCCUCCUGCAUGUUUACCCGGCGGAGCAGCGUGGGGGUGGCUGUGCUGGAACUCCUCAACUUCCCACCCCCUUCCUCGCCCACCCUCUCAGUGUCUUCAACGAGCCUUUGACAAAGACUCAGGACCUACCUCACCUGAAGGGGACAGGGGUAGCAGGGGGAGUGCAGACCAAGCCUGGCCCUCCCCGCGGGGCAGCUGCUCGCUGGAGGAGGAGGAGGAGGAGGAAGGGGUUUGGCUGUUGCCUUGAGCCCUAGCACUUCUGUUACACCCCCCACUCCCCCCCACCCCCAAAGCCAUCCCCACACUUGGUGCACACAUGGGAUCAGCACGACCACAGCAGUUAGAAAUGUGCUUCCUGGGCCAGCACCCUCCUUCUGGAGGGUGAGGAGAGGGGGUGUCCUCUGCUCCGUUCAGACCCAUCUCACCCGUCCCCCAAAGGCCGUGUAUUUUCUUUGGGGAGGGGAAACUUUCAACCAUUGCUGCUUCUUGGAUUCAUGUGAUCCAUCUGGUGCCACACAUCUGAGCACAGCCAGCCUUGGAGGCUUCCAGGAGGCCAGGGCGGGGUGAUGGACUGCACUCCUCCCAAGGACAGGGCUGAAUGUCAGACCACUCCUCUGAAUGUCACUGUAGCCAAACUUCUGACCAAACCUUUUGUGCACUGUUAAGGACUCUGAGGCCACCCUCUGGUUCUCACUGGUGUCUGAUUGAUGCCUUAAAACACACAUACAAAAGAAGCCCAGCUUAAGGGACAGGGCCUGGAAGAGGUGAAGUUUGGAGACAAAACUGGAUGGAAGCAGCACCCAGAACCCUCCUGCAGCAUUUCCCUACCUGGCUGACCCCAUCUCUGACACUGGGAUCCCAGCUGAGCACUGGGUGACCUCGGGUGCAUCCAUGCCACUGCUGUCCCAGGUUCCAGUGACUCUGCAGCUGCCUGCUCUCUGGGAAUGGAUCAUCCUGUUUGCUGUUCCCCUCUCUGCAAAGCAGAUUCUGGGUUAAUGGAAAGGUUCAUAAGCAAGAACAGUCCAGCCUUCUAAAUGAAGAGGAUUGCCUGGCAUUACUUUUUUUGGGGUGUUAAUUUUUGCCUUUUUGUUUGUUUGUUUGAACACUAACUUUUAAUUUUUAAUGACUUUGUAUCCCUUUAUUUUUCACACUACCCUGGUAUUCCCCAUCCCAUCUGCUUUUCAAGGAGCAGAAGGGAUGCAAUUACUUUUCUCAUUUGUUGAUGAGAUGAUGACUGUGUCCUGGAGACAUUCUCUAUAGAUGUGUGUGUGAGAUACUGUAUGCACAGUGAAAACAGCCAGAAAAGGGACCAUUUGCAAUUAGCAACUCCCUGGCAAUUAAGCAAUCACUUUAAUUAGCUAAAGGUUGAAUAAAUUAGUACUGUAAGUGACAGUCCUGGACCCACCUGUGCCACGGAGCCUCUGGGUGGUGUUUGCAAUGCAUGUACUGUAGGGUGUGUGUGAGAGCCUUGAGCUGAGAUCUAUUAUCAGUUGUUCUCCACAUUAUAGAGGAAUGACUCAACCACUGGUACCUCAGUAGUUUUCAUAUGUAGCAUUGGAAAUAAUGGUUUAAGUGUUUAUUUUGAACUAAUUCCUCUAGCCUGUUGCCCCUGCUCCUUCUCAUUUCUCAUUUACAGACUUCAGAUUUCACUUCUGAUGGCAUUUGCUGAACUAAAUUUUCAAGGAGAUUGAGAUUUCUUCUUCUUUUUUUUUUUUUCUUCUUUGGAGUCAAAGGAGAGUAACAGGGACUCCCCAACUUAAGCCAAUUUUUACAGUGAUCUGAUUUCUCCUGGAUGGGUGCCUGCAUGUUUUGCAAGCUCACUUACAGUGCCUAAUGUUGGACACCUAAAAUUGCCAUCAGCUUCUGAAAAUCCAGGCUACUUCUCCCCCUAGCCUCUCCCCAAGAACAGUCUGGGCUUCUCAGGCUGAGGAGGCCUUUUUGGCUUUUAGAACAGACUCUGAAUUCACUUUCCAUCCCCCUCUCACUUGCCAAACCUCUGCCCCAGCCUCUCCCAGCUCAGCAGAGGACCCUGCACCUCUCCAGGCAGGUUGCCUCUUGGUGAAUGUGGCAGAAGGGCUGCCCUGAGCAGGUUUCAUUGGUCUGGUUUGCUCAAAGAAACAAUGAAAUCAGUGAAGUCUGCUCUGUUCCUCAUGAGUUGAGGUCUCAAUCCUUAUCUUUCCAUUCCUCUAACCAAUGUCAGGAUUUCAGUCUACUGCAGGACUCGUAUCAAGGUGCCCCUGGCUCUCAGGUUCUCUUUGAGGGCAGAUCAGUCUAAAAGCCCCAGGGCCAUGUCAGAAGUGAAAGGUUCUGGUGCUGAGCCCUGGCCCAACAUGCUGAGGUGCUGCUGAAGGGACAGACAGGGCUGAUUUCAGCAAGGAAUGAGUUGUCACAGCAGUGGCUCAGCAGCUGGUCUGACAGGGGGGAGGAAACAGAACCAGAGAGGAAGUGAGCAGUGUAGAAGGCUGAGGAGAGUUUUUGUUCCAUGUUCCCUUGGCCCCCCUGGCAAUCUUUAGCAAUUUCUAUUUAGAGAUGGUAAGCAGUGCUGUCCUUCCCCCUGAGGACCAGGGAAAGGGGCAGUGUGACUCCUGCCACCUACCACUUGGGUCCUGAGCAGUAUCACCACUGAGCCUGUUUGCAGAAACCUGGGGAUGAGGAGGGAGAGAGCCUUUUGUGUCUCUGAUGUCCUAACUAUGCAGGUGCUCACUGCUUUCCUGUAAAAGAGAAAGAAGGAAGGAAAGGGCAAAAUAGUUCCCCAGCAGCUUGCUGGGGGCCCAGAGCACCCUGACCCACACUGUGUGGACACGAGGUGUCAGAAUCUGCCCUGGGAGGUCCCAGGGUGGAAUUGCUUCUGGUGCUGCACAUCCCUUGCUGGGCAGGAGGCCUUGGAGGGGAUGUGUGUCUGUGUCUGUCUGUCUGUGCUUAGUCCCCUGCCUCAGGGGAGGAGAACUGUCAACUGUGCGUGGCUUCUCUGCCAGUUUUAGUUUGUGGUGUCUCACCCAAAAUGUUCUUUGUGUGAUAUUUUUCCCACUUGGGCUUUUCCCCAGCAGGGGAGCAUCCCUGAGGGGGGGGGGCUCCAGGCUGUGUGUGUUGAUGUGUUUCACCCAGGGACCCCUUUGUCACUCUGCAGUGACACAGCAAGGCCAGGCAGGAGCUCUUGCCCCAGCGUGGGGUGAGAGGUUCACUUGGUCCUCCUGGUAGCAGACCUGGACUCCUCCAUCUCAACCUCUUGUCACUUUGAUUUCUCUGUAAGGUAUCUGACUUAUUUAUGUGGAACUCUGUUUCUCUGAAUUUUUUGC